UGUACAGAUACGUUUUAUAUGAACCUGAAGUGAAUAAAUGCAAGUCCAAAUGGAUAAAAAUCCUGAACUACCACUAACCCCUCUUCCUCCAACUUUACCUUCUUCAUUUACACAGUUACCUGCAGUUGUUCCAGAGAUACAUCUCAGUAAUGUUAUAUCAGCAGAGAAGGAAGUAUCUCAAACUUGUAGUCAGAUGUGGAGCUAUAUUACAGAAAGUUCUGAGCAAUGUAAGCUUGUUUCAUUCUACCAGCAAGUCUACCCAGUUUUGCAGCAAGGACCAAUGUGUGGAAUUGUGGCAUUAUGUAUGGCCAACCAGAUACUGAAUAGUCAGGAUUCUAUCAGUGUAGAUAAAGUGCUUUUUCAAGCCCAGCACAAAGGUUUCACUAAGCAAGGAGAGAUGUUUUCAGCCAGAAACAUGGCAGUUUUAGCUGAGGAUGUGCUGAAGUGUAACGCUGAUGUUUGGGAAAAUGGACUUAGUGACACAGUAGCAGUUCUUCACCACUUAGCAGAGGGUUGGCCAAUACUGGUCCCCUAUGAUGCUGAUGGAAACCAUGAACCUUGUUGUAAGAAUGGACAUUCAGCUCACUGGGGUAUAUUAACAGGUUUUUGCUUCACAAACCAUACAAAUCAGAUUGAUAUAUCUUCAUUCAAAAUGGAUGACAAUAUUCCAAAGCUUUAUCAUGCCAGAAAAGGUCAAAUCUUGGUAGAUAAUCUUCAAACUCUGUCAACAUCUGAAAGGAUUUUUGUUUAUGGACAUCAAGGAAAAAGUAAAUACUUGGGUGUUUGGCAGUAUAAGAGACUGUGUGAAAGUAAUAGAAAUUUAAACAAAGUAGCUCCAAAGCACCAAGUUGAAGGACAGUUUAAUCUACCAGUCGGUGGCAUAGAAGAAGGCCUUUGUAAUAAAAUUGUUGUUUUGACCCCAGAAUCUCGAGAAUUGUAAAUAAUUUGUGUUUGAAGUGAUUUUAAUGAGAGUGCUACUCAGUAAAGAUUUUUUUUUGGGCAUUUAAAAUUUUUUUACAAUUGAUUGGAUUGGUGAGUUAGUGCAAGAGAGAACUAAACAAAUUAGAUCUUUAUUUAAAUUAUUUUAAAUAAUGGUAUAAAAAUGUAGGUUGCUGGUUUUUGAGGUUUCAUUCUCUUGACCCAGCAUGUAACUUGAUUAAGUACAAAUCUAAGUUUUCUUAAAGAAAAAAUUCUUACAGUUUGCAUAAUAAAAUAUACUUCUUCUACCUAUCGUAGGGACAAGGCCUGAAAAAUGCAAUUACUCUCAUUGUCUUUUGUAAUUGUAUGAAAGAUGUCAUUUCGUGAAUUGGAAAAUAGAAUAAUAUAUAUACAGGGUGGAAAAGUAGUAAUUUUACACUUGGUGUAGUUAGUAAUGUAUGGUUGUAUUACAGAAAAUAUUAAUAAGACAAUUGAAACCACUUUAAUUAUCAUUUAUUUCCAAGUAAGAUGUUAGAAAUUAAACAGUGUUCUAAAUAAAACAAAUGUAUAGUAA